CUCUUCAAAACUCAAAAAUCAAAAAAAAAACUUUCUCAAACCAAUUUCUCUCUCCCUCUAACUUCGUCUCUUUCAUUUCUCUCUCUCUACUGUGCAAAGUAUGGCGGAUUGGGGACCUGUAGUGGUCGCUGUGAUACUGUUCGUGCUAUUGACUCCGGGACUUCUCUUUCAGAUUCCGGCGAGAGGUCGAAUCGUCGAAUUCGGGAAUAUGCAGACUAGCGGCGCGUCGAUUCUCGUCCACACCAUCAUUUACUUCGGUCUCAUCACCAUCUUCACCAUCGCCAUUCGUCUCCACAUCUAUACCGGUUAAUUGUACCGUACCGGAUCGGUGGUUUUCCCGGUCGUCUGGUUUGUCGUUGUGUUCACUUUACCGGUUUGUUGUUUGGUUUUUUUUUUCUUUCUGGCUUUAAUUUGUAUAAAUUCUAUGUGUGGUGUGGUGGAAACAAUUUGGAUUAUUAUAAUAUGAAUCUGAAGAUGCAUUAAGUAUAA